AAAAAAAUAGCUGUCAAUGAUUAUGAUGUUCACAACAUUGUCAUGUCGUAUCUCACACAUAAUUAUUUCACAGACACGUUGGAAUCAUUUACUGCCUCCACUGGCAUGAAACAGACUGCUAGUCGUCUUGAGGAUAUAGAGAAGAGAAAAAGGAUUUAUCAUUUGGCAUUAGAAGGGACGGUUUGGAAGUUCAUUGAACUUACAGAGCAGUUUGCUCCCGACUUAUUGGAGAAAAAUAAGGAUCUGCAUUUUGAUCUGUUGAGUCUUCAUUUUGUUGGACUUGUCUGCUCAAGAAAAUGCACAAAAGCUCUGAAAUUUGCGCAGGCAAAGUUGGCUCCUUUUGGGAAGGUGCAAAAAUAUGUUAAAAAGCUUGAGGACUUCAUGGCUUUAUUAGCUUAUAAUGAGCCAGAAAAGUCACCCAUGUUUCAUCUAUUAAGCUUGGAGUACAGGGAGCAAGUUGCCGAUAGUUUGAAUAGAGCAAUACUUGCAAAUUCAAACCUCCCCAGCUAUUCUGCGGUUGAAAGGUUGAUGCAGCAGACAACUGUUGUAAGGCAAUGCUUAAGUCAAGAAUCCAGUAAAGUUUGAUCUUAGUAAUUUUUCA